AUGAUGCUUUUAUUAGUUGUUUUGACAAGUUUCUUGCCAUUGAGUUACUCAAUACCGCAGUUUGAUAAUGAAAUUAAAGAUAAACCGCUCAUUCAAUGUAGUCAUGGACACAUAGCUUUAGAUGUAGAAACCCUUCAUUCAGCUCCAGCCCAUGUUUUCGCGAAAGGACAUUACAAGAAGGAAGGAUGUUCAUUCAGUAACACGACUCAUGUUAUUUUUGAUUUUGCCAACUGCGAUGUCCGCCGUAAGAGGGAGGUAAAUCCACGUGGAAUGUCAUAUAGUAUGACUGUUGUUGUGCAGCUGCAUCCACUGUUCGUUACGAAAGUUGAUAGAGCCUUCCAUGUGCACUGCUUUUACCAAGAGACUGAGAAAGCCGUGGGAACAGGAAUGAAUAUAACUGAUCCAACUGCCCAAACUAUUAAUGGAACUGAGAAGAAUCCUGAAUGCGAAUACACUCUUCAUAAGGACUCAGCCAACGGACCUCUUGCCCGCUAUGCACAAGUUGGAGACACUAUCUAUCAUGUGUGGAGUUGCUCAUCCGAAUCAUACGCAAUGCUCGUUCAUAAUUGUACCAUCAAUGAUGGUCAAGGAAGCCAGCACAAAGUUAUCGACGAGAAUGGAUGUUCAACUGACGAUUAUCUCAUGCCUGAACUCAUCUAUUCAGAUCAAUUAACGAAAUCAUUUACUGCUUCCAAUGCUUUCAACUUCCCUGAUCAGAACACCGUCUCCUUCAAUUGUCAAAUUAAGCUUUGUAUCAAGGGUACUGAAGAAUGUGAACGAAUGGUGCCACCACGAUGCGGUGCUCUCAACGGGCAAAACGAUGAUCCCAUGAAGAACGAGUUAGAUCAGGAUCAGCUUAUCACAUCAACACCUUCAUCUACUACUCAAGCUCCAACCACUUCCUCAUCACCAAGCACCACGACAACUACCCAAGCUCCUUCAACCACUUCAUCUACUACAAUCGAGUCAUCAACUAUUAUUACUACUACUGUCACAGAGAUAUCCUCUACCAGCGCUCCAGAAACAACAACCGUCAUUAUUCCUGCCGACAGCUUCCCAACUCCUUCUGAUAUCAAACGCUUUGUUGAAAGAAAACAAAAUGACAGCAUUGAGGAAUCUGAAGGAUCUGGCCUAGAAAUCGCCCCCGAAGCGAAAACUCCAAUUUCUCUCAUAGUAGCGGACGAGGAAACUGGCCGAGACAUCUAUCUACGACCAGAACACCAAACGGCAUUCUCGACAUCUUCUCCACACACUUUAGAUGAAAGUGCAACAACGGCUAAACGUGAGAUCCGCCGACGAGACACUGUCCUCGAUGUCGAUAUUACAUCUCCAGAAUUGACCAUCGUAGACAAAGAAUACGCCGGACAAGCAGAUGCUCCAGAAGCCCUCAAAUCAGUCAGCUCCUUGAUCGAACACAAACCAAAUACAGUUUGUGUGCCCGUGGUGGUAGUCUGGAUUCUAUCUGCUCUGGGUUUCUUCUUUUCAACCUUCCUAUUUGUUGCCUGUUAUUAUGCUCAACGGCAGAAAAACAAGUUCCGAAUGUUGCCAUAA